AUGGCUUCCCCCGCAAGCGGCAAGAUCCCCCUCUGGCUCGACUGCGACACAGGACAUGAUGACGCAUAUGCACUUCUUAUCAGUGCCCAUGACCCCCGGGUCGAAUUACUAGGUGUUAGCACCGUCCACGGCAAUGCCUCACUUGAUCAAACAACAUUCAACACAAGAGGUGUCCUCGAAGCACUGGGAAAGCGUGAAGUCAAGGUCUACUCCGGCGCAGCAAAGCCGAUUGUCCGCGAUGCAGUUCACGCUGCUGAUAUACAUGGAGAAUCCGGACUCGAUGGCGUCACACUGUUGCCCCAGCCGAUUGAACCAGCGGCUACCGAUGUUGGCCAUCUCGAGGCUAUGUACAGAGCGCUUAUGUCGACGCCUCCGAAUACCGCAUAUCUCGUGUCUACUGGUACCUUGACCAACAUCGGGUUGCUCUUUCAGAAGUACACCGACUUGGCGAAGCAUAUCAAAGGUCUAAGCAUAAUGGGCGGCGCCGUUGGUGGAGGCUUCACGAAUGCUCCUAUGGGGAAAGUCAAGGGCGAAGGUGAACGUUUUGGAAACUGGACCGCAUAUGCAGAAUUCAACAUUUACUGUGAUCCAGAAGCAUCUCAAUUUAUUUUCUCUCAUCCCGACCUGAAGGCAAAAACCACCUUGAUACCCCUUGACCUCAGCCAUCAAGUCCUUGGUACCAAAACAGUCCGGUAUACGCAAUUGUUCGGGGCCGAUCGACCUCUAGACGAGUCUUCUGCGAAUUCAAAGAGCACGCCGUCCCCACUUCGAUCUCUUUUCACACAGAUAAUGUCAUUUUUCGCCGGAACGUAUGCGGAAGUGUUUGCAAUCACGGAAGGACCGCCAUUGCAUGAUCCACUCGCCGUUGCAGCGGUAACUCAUCCAGACAUUUUUGACGACAAGGGAGGGGAACGCUUCCAGGUUGAAGUGGUAACAGAAGGUGUCCAUUCGGUAACCCAGUCUGAUGUCGGCGAAUUGGGUCGUACUAAAGUCACCAAGCUCGCUCCUGGCGAAGGUGGCUGCAGAAUCCCCCGCGGCGUCGACCUUGCUCAAUUCUGGGGACUAGUUGAAGGCUGCCUCCAGAGCGCAGAUAAGGUUAGCCCAAUGCCAAAACUUACAUUUGAAGAACUCCAGAAGGAAGGUGUUUUUGUGGGCGUGGUAUGAUUGAUGGCUUCGCCAUGAUCUUUAGUCUCGUCAUUUAUAGGGCCUUGGGAAUUCUUAGAGGGUAGAAAUUCAUAGAGAGUCGUACAACGAAUCAAGAUCAUCGCCAGGCGCAACACUUACGAAACCAUGCACGUCAAUAUGUGUAUGAAUAUGAGCU